AUGGUCUCUACCAAUAUUGACGAUGAUAUUGAUACCCGAGAUUCGCUCGAAUUGAAUCCAUCGCCGGCCGAAAAGGACUCACUCGCGUGUAUUGUUUGUGGAGACGUGGCCACUGGUCGUCACUAUGGUGCAAUAGCAUGUAAUGGCUGUAAAGGAUUUUUUCGACGUACCAUUCGUCGUGGCUACAAGUACACGUGCAGAUUCAAGUCGGAAUGUUUUAUAGACAAACAUAAUCGAGCGGUAUGCCGAUUUUGUCGGUACACGCGAUGUAUUCGUGCUGGUAUGCGAGUCGAACAAGUGCAAAACGAGAGGGAUGUGAUUGGAAGCGAGUUCGAACAGCCAGCAUAUGUGCGACUACCAAGCCUCAUAUUAAAAGGCAUCAAAGCACUGAUGAAGGGUCGUCAAAGCGAUCGUCGCCGGAAAUCACCGGCUCUCCAGAGGACUAUUUGGGAUUGCCCAGAGACUCUGAUCGAAGCGCUGUUGAAAUCAGAAAAGACAAUCAACAGUCUGCGUGAUUCCGUUAUAAAGCAGACUGGAAACGUCGAAUACACGAAAUAA